UUACGUGGUGACGUCAUUGACGGAAGCUCAGGCGGCAGCUGUGGAUUGAGGCUGUGGGUCACCCUUGGGGAGGUAUAUGAAGAUUCUCAUCCUAAUUUGAUUGGCUUCUUUUUUCACCAUGGGUGAGCUCUUCCGAAGUGAGGAAAUGACCCUUGCACAACUUUUUCUUCAGUCUGAAGCAGCAUACUGCUGUGUCAGUGAAUUGGGAGAACUUGGGAAGGUCCAGUUUCGAGAUCUAAACCCUGAUGUGAAUGUGUUCCAACGUAAAUUUGUUAAUGAAGUCCGAAGAUGUGAAGAGAUGGACAGGAAGCUCAGAUUUGUGGAAAAAGAAAUUAAGAAGGCCAACAUUCCUAUCACAGACACCGGAGAGAAUCCAGAAGUGCCAUUUCCUCGAGACAUGAUUGAUUUGGAGGCAAACUUUGAGAAAAUAGAGAAUGAGCUCAAGGAGAUCAACACCAAUCAGGAAGCCCUGAAAAGGAAUUUCCUAGAGCUAACAGAGUUGAAAUUCAUACUCAGAAAAACUCAACAAUUUUUUGAUGAGGCUGAAUUGCAUCAUCAGCAGAUGGCGGAUCCUGAGUUGUUGGAGGAGUCCUCGUCGCUGCUGGAACCAAGUGAAAUGGGAAGAGGGACCCCACUGCGAUUGGGAUUUGUGGCUGGAGUGAUUAAUCGUGAGAGAAUCCCGACCUUUGAGCGGAUGCUAUGGAGGGUGUGUCGUGGAAAUGUUUUCUUACGACAAGCUGAAAUUGAAAAUCCUCUAGAGGACCCAGUAACGGGUGACUAUGUGCACAAGUCUGUGUUCAUUAUUUUUUUCCAAGGUGACCAGCUGAAAAACAGAGUCAAAAAGAUCUGUGAAGGAUUCCGGGCUUCUUUGUACCCCUGUCCAGAAACUCCACAGGAAAGGAAGGAAAUGGCUGUCGGAGUCAACACAAGGAUUGAUGAUCUUCUGAUGGUACUGAACCAAACUGAAGAUCACCGUCAGAGGGUUCUUCAGGCUGCUGCAAAGAAUGUCCGUGUUUGGUUCAUAAAGGUGCGCAAGAUGAAAGCCAUUUACCAUACUCUGAACCUCUGCAACAUUGAUGUUACCCAGAAAUGCCUCAUUGCUGAAGUCUGGUGUCCUGUAGCUGACCUUGAUUCCAUUCAGUUUGCUCUCAGGCGUGGCACGGAGCACAGUGGAUCUACUGUCCCCUCUAUCCUGAAUAGGAUGCAGACCAACCAGACUCCACCUACGUACAAUAAGACCAACAAAUUCACUGAUGGGUUUCAAAACAUUGUAGAUGCUUAUGGCAUUGGAACCUAUCGUGAGAUAAAUCCAGCUCCAUACACAAUCAUAACCUUCCCAUUCUUAUUUGCUGUGAUGUUUGGAGAUUUUGGACAUGGCAUUCUUAUGACACUUUUUGCUGUCUGGAUGGUAAUCAGAGAAAGCCGCAUUCUGUCACAAAAGAGUGAUAAUGAGAUAUUCAACAUUAUUUUCAGUGGCCGCUACAUUAUUCUGCUGAUGGGUUCUUUCUCCAUUUACACUGGCCUGAUCUAUAAUGACUGUUUCUCAAAGUCACUCAAUAUGUUUGGCUCAUCCUGGAGUGUCCGGCCAAUGUUUCAGAAAUCCAACUGGACAGAAGAUCUUCUCAGGGAGUAUCCUAUGCUUCAGCUUAAUCCUGCCAUCGAUGGUGUCUUUGGUGGAGCAUAUCCCUUUGGCAUUGAUCCAAUCUGGAAUAUUGCUACCAACAAGCUGACGUUCCUUAACUCCUUCAAAAUGAAGAUGUCAGUAAUUCUGGGCAUCAUCCACAUGAUGUUUGGUGUCACCCUUAGUUUGCUGAACCAUAUUUAUUUUAAGAAACCUCUGAACAUCUUCCUUGGCUUUAUCCCUGAAAUUAUCUUCAUGUCUUCAUUGUUUGGAUAUUUGAUCAUCCUUAUCGUCUAUAAAUGGGCAGCAUACAAUGCUAAGAAUUCCAUGCAUGCACCAAGUCUUCUUAUUCACCUCAUCAACAUGUUCCUCUUCUCCUAUGAAAAAAAUGCCCAAAUGCUUUAUAGUGGACAGAAAGGUAUUCAGUGUUUCCUGGUGGUAGUAGCAUUUCUGUGUAUCCCAUGGAUGCUGAUUGCAAAGCCCUUGAUUCUUCGCCAACAGUAUUUACAAAGAAAGCAUUUGGAAGGGCAGCCUGAGGAACCUCAUGUCAGCCCAGGCCAGAGUCCGCAGGCAAUAGAGGCAGCAGCGGCUGCAACAGGCACACUCAAUUUUGGUGGGAUUCGAGUAGGCAAUGGACCAACUGAGGAAGAUGCCGAGAUAAUCCAGCAUGAUCAACUCUCCACCCAUUCUGAGGAGGGUGAAGAGCCUGCCGUGGAGGAAGUGUUUAAUUUUGGAGAUACCGUUAUCAAUCAGUCUAUCCAUACCAUUGAAUAUUGCUUAGGAUGCAUCUCCAACACAGCCUCAUACCUGCGUCUCUGGGCACUCAGUCUGGCUCAUGCACAGCUUUCUGAAGUCCUCUGGACCAUGGUGAUUCACUUGGGUCUCAGUAUCAGGAGUCUGGCUGGUGGUUUGGCCUUGUUCUUUUUAUUUGCUGUCUUUGCUACCCUAACAGUGGCCAUCUUAUUAGUCAUGGAAGGUCUUUCAGCUUUCCUGCAUGCUCUCCGUUUGCACUGGGUGGAAUUCCAGAAUAAAUUCUACAUGGGUACCGGGUUCAAGUUUCUCCCUUUCUCAUUUGACAGUAUCCGUGAUGGGAAAUUUGAUGAAUAAUCAUCUUGGAGACAUAAUACCUGGAAGUGUGACACUAAAUCCAGACCUUUACUGCAUGUGUGUCUAGUUUUCCAUUGUGUCCAUAAUAUUCUAGUGAUAAUAAUUUGAUUUUAUUCAUUUAAAGUUUUUAUUGAAGGAAGAAAAUCCUAAGAGGAUACUCAGAGAAUUUCAGGGGUGGGGGAAUUGCUAGCAAAAUUAAACUGUACUUUGGGCAAGUUUUAGAUAAGUCCUUGGUUUUAUACCACAAGUGCUGACAGAGGAACGUUUGUGAUCAUUGAGAAGGAUGUCCUGGUGAUCUGAAGUUGUCUUGUUCCCCAAAACCAUGGUGUCUAAAAGAAAAAAAAAAUCCAUGUUUCUAGUCCUAUUACUUCAGAUUUGGGGAAACACCUAUAUUGCAUACAUUUGUUCUGACAACUUGAUGAUUAAAGGGGGCUCGAUUAUUCAUCCAUCCAACACACUUUCGUUUAGACUUUCAAAAGGACAUUUAUAUUUCCUACAGAUUAAAUUUGCUAAGUACAAAAGUUGUAAUCGAAAAAACAGUCUUGUUUGCAGUAACCUGCUUAAAUGCUAGCAUCCCUGUAUUUUUUUCUCAGUUAAAUCAUAAAUCAAAGGGAUGACAAUGUACCAGAAAAAACCUUCACUAUCAUUUGACAGAUAUUUUAAGCAUCUGCCUCUGUGCAGGACUUUUUCCAUAUUUUAAAUGUAAUUUUAAUCCCUGAAAACCAUAUUUUUGGUAACAUUUGAAGCGUAAACUAGAAAAUCCCCCCCCCCCCCCAAAAAAAACCCUUUGCAUUUUGGUAUUGUCAGAAAUUUCUUUUCCUAGAUGAAAAGAGAAGGCAGAGGAGCAGCUUACUUGCUUACCCUGUUAUAGCUGGACUCUGUUUUGCUCUACAUGAUUGAUUAAUUAAUAAAACAUUUAAUAACACUGGCUAAAGCUCUGAGCUGAAAACUCAGAAUCUUUCACCUCCAUUCUCACAUGACCUUGACAUAUAUUACUGCUGUAAGGAAAAACUUGGCUACUCUUGGCACAUCUAGAGCUGAACAAUUCAAGGGAGUGUGGUAACUUUACAGGAGCAGUAGUAGCAAUAUAUAUGUUUUUAGGACAGAUUCGCCUUGAAAAUAGGAAUUGCUUGAGGGUAACAUCUGCCUUCUGUUUGUGUGUGUUUAGAUACAGCAAUGAAUCUAGCAUUGUAUGCCUCUGUAAGAUGUAAAUUUAUGCUGUGGGUGUCGUGUUGUGUUGUGUUAAAUAAAUGUGCACUUUUUUGAAAAUCUUUCACGUGCAGGCUUCAGGGCACUUCAUUGGCAUUUAAAGAGUGAUCUUUGAUUUGAUGUGUUAACCUUACAAGAGGGUGUAAAAUCAACACUUUUUAUUGGAAACUGAAAUUAUAGCUGUUGCUAUUGUGUAAAAUGCAAAAAAAAAAACCGUUUUGACAACUAUAAUAUGCAGUAAAGUUUUCCGUAUUUUCCUCAUCAACUAAUUGUUGUUAUGUAUUAAAACAGUUGAAGUCA